AACGUGGUACAUGUUCCAUGCUGUGAGCUGCCGCUUGGCGCCUCCAUUUUGUAUUUGUGAGCUUAAAAUAAAAAAUAAAAAUAAAAAAUAAAAAAUCUCCAUAAAUGGCCAUGUUUUUAUGCGCGUCGUGGUCUUUCUGCUUCAUCUCCAUUAUCUUUCUGGUUUUUUUGGGGUCCGCUGUUGCCACUCAAAUCCCACUUCGUCAAUUCCCUCUUCCUUCUUUGUUUUCAAUUUUCUUUUUCAAAUUUUUUUCUAUAAAAAAAUAAAGAAUAUAUCCUUUGCUUUUAUAAUUCGGAGGAUGCCAAAGUUCCAUAUACCACCACCAAAGUUAUAUUCUCUAAUUUUGAUUUUAAAGUCUCUCUCUCUUUUUCUUUCUUUCUUUUUCUCUAUUUUUCCCUCUCUUUUUCUUUUCCCUCAGGAAUGAAAAUUCUUGAAGCAAAACGAGAUCAAAGUAUUUCUCUUUAUUGUUCUCCUUUGCCUUUCUUUUUGUUUCUAUGUUUUGCUUUCUUUGUGCUCUGGUUGUUUUUAGUCUGAGAGAUUAAAGAUUUGAGGGCCUUCCAAAAGAAAGAACCUGGAGAUGGAAACUGUGGUACUUGAUGGUAUAAUUAAUAGGCUUCUUGAAGUUAGAGGGAAUCCAGGGAAGCAAGUUCAGCUUUCUGAGAAUGAAAUCAGGAAGCUUUGUCUUGUCUCCAGGGAUAUUUUCUUGAGGCAGCCCAAUCUCUUAGAGCUUGAAGCACCCAUCAAGAUUUGCGGUGAUGUCCAUGGUCAAUAUACUGAUCUCCUUAGACUUUUUGAGUAUGGUGGAUUACCUCCUCGUUCCAACUACUUAUUUUUGGGCGAUUAUGUAGACCGUGGAAAGCAAAGCUUGGAAACAAUAUGUCUUCUCCUCGCAUAUAAAAUAAAAUAUCCUGAAAACUUCUUCCUUCUGAGAGGAAACCAUGAAUGUGCUUCUAUAAACCGCAUAUAUGGGUUUUAUGAUGAAUGCAAAAGAAGGUUUAAUGUCAGACUCUGGAAGAUAUUUUCAGAGUGUUUCAACUGCCUUCCUGUGGCAGCUCUAAUUGAUGAAAAGAUACUCUGCAUGCAUGGCGGGCUUUCUCCUGAGUUGGACAAUUUGAAUCAGAUAAGGAACAUAAAACGACCUACUGAUGUUCCAGAAAGUGGUUUGCUGUGUGAUCUCCUCUGGUCCGAUCCAAGUAAAGACAUCCGAGGCUGGGGACCAAAUGAUAGGGGAGUUUCCUUUACAUUUGGCCCUGACAUAGUGGCAGAGGCCAUCCGGAAGCUGGAUCUUGACUUAAUUUGUCGAGCUCACCAGGUUGUGGAAGAUGGAUAUGAAUUCUUCGCUAAUAGACAACUUGUAACCAUAUUUUCAGCGCCUAAUUAUUGCGGUGAGUUUGAUAAUGCGGGUGGCAUGAUGAGUGUGGAUGAGACUUUAAUGUGCUCCUUCCAAAUAUUAAAGCCAGCUGAUAAGAAGCCAAAAUUUGGCUUUGGACUUGCAGCUUCAGCCAAGUCAGCUGCUCCAGCGAGAUUCAAGUCAUUUCUCGGUGCAAAGGGCUAAGAACGUUUAUUAUGAGAGGAGUAGAUUGGUGGUUGUUUGAGUAUAUAGCCAAAGUGGCAAUGAAAAAGUCUUCGAGUUUCUAUUCAGCACAGAGGAAAAACACAAACUAGCUACUUCCCUCAACCAAUGAUGAUGCAAAAAGUAUUUUCUGCUACCAAAUUUGAGAGGCUGCAAUAUUAUUAUUUUUUUUUUUUUUUUUUUUCAUAAGAUGGGGUUGGGAGGAGUUUUCCUUAUCUGGGAUCUUGGUCUUGCUUUUCCCAUGUAGAAAAAUAUUUGCAAGACUUGGUUCCAUUUUUCACAUUUUCUUUCGUAUUUCCUUUCUCAUUGUAUUGUAGUCAACAAAAGAUUGAGAAGGGCUUUGAGGGAUUACUUGAGGAUUGACAUUUUCUGUUGUCUUACUUGAGGGUUUGGCUUCCUACAAUUCCUCAAACCUCGCAUUUAAUGGAGGCUUUGUUUUGUGUCUCUGAGUUAUAUAGCAGGAUGCUGUGGACUCCUUUUAUGGUUAUUUUAUAAAUUCCAAAAAGGCUAUAGUUUUAUUGUUUA